UGCUUUCUUCCUAACCAUGGUCUUUGCUUUUAUCUGUACUAGGAUGGUUUUGUGCAAAUGUCACCAUCCAUCUCCCUUGCCACCUCCAGUGUGUUUGCAUUUCCAAAAUCUCCUUUCAUUCCAACUAAACGUCAUGAAUUUGUAUCUUCUGUUAUAGCUGCUUAACAGUGAGGUAACCUAAAAAAGUUAAAUCGUAGGGUCUGGUCUGAGUCAUAGGUCCUGAGAGUCAAUCUAAAGACUAGACCAUUAACCAAGAGAUACACUCAUGGACGCAUAACACACACAGAGGAAGGCAUCACAGAGUAGCUGUGAUACCACAAUCUACCAAGCAGUUCCCAUGGCAACUCUUCAGUAGUUCAAGCACCUCCUCCUCUGCUCUCAUAACUGUGGCAAAGUGAGGUGGCCUUGCACAGGAAUCCCAUCCAACAUCUUGCUUUCUGUGGAAGGCAGUCAGUCUUGAGGACUCCUGGAAGAACCAUCAGAGUAAACUAACGUGACACUCAGGAAGAGACCUCUACUAGUAGGAAGACAGGAACUGAGCCAAGCCACCCUGAAGCGUGAGGUAAUGUUGAAGAAAUAGCAGGCCAAGCCAAGCUUGAGGAAAAAUGGGUACCAUAAGUGAAAAACAGAUGGCUUUUUCCUUGAAUACUGCAGAAUCUUCAGAGGAAAGCAUUCCUGAACCAGUAUCUGCCAACUUCUUUGUCCCAAAGCUACUUCCAAAUGAACCUCAGCCCUCUUGUUCAGGCCUGCAGAUGAAACCUGCAUCUAGUUCCAAGGCAAAAGAAAGAGACAAACCUUCUUUUCCAUGGAAAUUCCUUCUGCCAAAACGUGGUAUCUCCAAGCUCAUUUUCCAAGUGGUGGCUUCCACUGAGAAACGCACCGGUGUCUCCCUCCAAGCCCUUAAGAAGAGCAUCGCAGCCACUGGCUACAACCUGGAGAAGCGGAAGAACUAUUUCAAGAGAGUCUUGAGGGCCUUGGUGGCCAAAGGAUUGUUGAGGAAGUUGACUGGCCAUGGACUGACAGGCUCCUAUGCAAUUAGCAAAAUGAUGAUGAAAGUACUGAAGAGAAGAAAGAGGAAAAGGAGGGGGAGGAGGAGGAGGAGGAGGAGGAGGAGGAUAAAGGCAUUAGCUGUCCUUAAGAAAAAGAAAGCUGCCAAGCGAAGGAAGCGGAAGAGGAGGAGAUCAAGGAAAAAGAAGGCCAAGCCUGAGAAGUCUGAUCCAUCCAACUUGGGUAGUGAAAUGUCAGUGGUGACAUGAGGUUUCCAUAGCUGAAGCUGUGUGUAAGGAAAAAGAAAAUAAAGUGCCGUAUUUCAACUGUCUAAUUUUUGUGCCUGUUAUUUGAAAUGGGGAGGGUAACACUAAGUAAGGUGUCAUGGGACAAAUCUGUAGGGAAUUCUGAAUGUAUACUUCCCUCCAUAUGUGUUACUUUUAUAUUAUGGAUGUGCUGUUUAUAAAUACUGUAGAAAUGAAAGCCAUGCUUAUCCUGUUGGAUUGAAAACUUGGAGAAAUGGUAAGAAUGAUUUUAUUUUCAUGAGUGUGUGUGUGUG